UGAAAAACAUCGCUGUUGGAGGACGUUCUGUGUGUAACCGCCGUCGGUCCCUUGGUCUACGUGUUUUGCGCAAUUUUAACGGUAUUCAGAUUAUUCGAUUUCAAUUUUUUUCUUUACGACUAGUUGUUCCAAUUCAUUUAUUUCUUUCAUAACACUUUAAAUAAUGUCUUAAGUCUCAUUUACGUGAUCGAAAGUCCAUAUUAAAUGGAUUUUUUUACACAAUAACGUUAAAUUACUGGUUUUCACAUUAAAUUUCUAAUGUAACCUGUUGCGAUAAAAACACAAGCAGGACUUCAUCAGAGAAGCAGCCAUCAUGUUUCGAAACCGAAAAUUUCAAGUGCUAUGGAUACUCUACUUUUUCGUCUAUAACGUUUUUUGUCUGAAGUUGACUGAACUCAAGAUUGAGCAACAUACUUUGGUUGGCAACAGCACACGACUAGAAUGUAAAUUUGACUUGCAGGGCGAAAAACUCUAUGCAGUCAAAUGGUACAAGGAUGGCGACGAAUUUUACAGAUACUUGCCGGGAGAGACUCCACAAGUUCAAGUGUUUGAAAUGACUGGAGUACACGUGGACGAAAUGGAAUCAACCGCGGGUACUGUUGUUUUAAGGCCUUUAGAGUUAUCGAGUAGUGGCAGAUACCGUUGUGAAGUUUCGGCCGAAGCGCCAUUUUUCCAAACAGUCACGGACCAUAGUUCAAUGCUAACAGUUGCUCCUCCUGAAGAAGGACCUCGUAUAAGUGGUGGACAAGAUAAAUACAAACCAGGAGAUAUCGUAGACGUUAACUGUACAUCCGGCAGAUCAAAACCGGCAGUCCAAUUAGCAUGGUACAUAAAUGGUGAACAGGUGAAUUCUUCUCACUUGAGAGGCCCAUACACGGAGUACGUUGGCCGCGAAGGUCUGAUGGUUACGACGUUAGGCCUACGAUUUGUGGUUGGUUUACAACACUUCCGCAAUCCAGCCCAUCAAAUCCGUAGACAUGAUAGAGACAUGAGAUUGAAGUGUGUGGCUACAUUAGGUACAGUCUACUGGAAGUCGAAAGAACAAAGUGCAGCGGCUCAUAGGCCUCGCUUUGGGGCUUCUCCACCAACCCAAGACGAUGGCACGUUAGACGGCCAAGAUGCCGACUCUAGGGCUGAUCCAGUUCAUGCUUCAAGCAGAUCAGUUACUAUUCAUAUCGCUCAACUAUUUGGAAUCAAUAAAAAAACUAUACUUUUGACGAUGUUUUUACUAGUUGUACUAUACCGGUAGCAACUAACCGGAAUAGUGUAAUCUAAGUCAGAUGAAAAAAUACUCAAAAAUAACAUAAUUAUGUUUCCUGUUUCUUCGUGAAUAUUUAUGAUAAGAAUAUCUGUUUGUAUAUUGAAAAAUCAGCUUAAAACAUGUGUAUUAUACUUAAAAAAAAAUUGUAAAGUAACAAUUAAAAAUCGAGUUUCUUUUGUUAUAAUUUAUUGUUUAUGUAUUUAAAAGUAUGAAACAUUUUUUUUCUUUUAUAAAAUAUUGUUAUACUAUUUAAUUGUAAAUAGUCUUUAUUGAUUUUAUAAUUCUAUUUGUAAUGUGUUAUUUCAAGUUUUAAAUCAAUGAUAUAUACAUUAUUGAAUAUUCAGUAUUAAUAUUUUUCUUGGAAAAGCUUUUCAACAUUGUCAUAAGUACCAUUUUGUAAGUAAUGUUUAUUUUAAGUAUGUUAUGUUAUUUACAAUGAAAAGAAUACUCGAUCCUUCUGCACCAUUUACAAUUAUGACAUAGUUAAAAUAUUUAUAUUGUGUAUAAACCUACUUAAUGCCAAGAAUAUCCCAUUUGCUCUGAUGUUUGUUUAAGAAAAAUCAUCAAUUGUACAUAAAAAUACUUUGUUAUAAUUUUAAAAUUUGCUAGUCACUGCUUAAGAAUAUGCUAACAAUAUUAUAACUAAGAAUUAUUAUAUUAUCUUUAAAACAAAAAUAAAUAAAUAUAUUGUGUCUAAA